AUGUCUGUCCAGUGCACCAUUAACACGCCGCAUGCAGUAUCUGCAGUGACUUUUUCGUCGUCUGGAUCUUUGUGGGUGGGCUCAGACGAUGGAACUCUGCGUCUGUACGAACUACCGGCCCCGAAGGUCGUGCGCGCCAUCAAGUCAUUAGGCUCUGAGAUUGCAUCAAUAGCUACACUCAGGUCCAAAGAUCCCCAAGCUGGUGGCUUAUGGAUCGCGAGCGGCUGCCGGGCGUUCUCUUUCCCUGCUCACUCGGAUAAAAUGAUUUCAACUGAUGCAGACGCACGCACCACUGUCCAACUUGGAGAGGACGAUGAGGAUGCCUUGAACGAGCUUAGUAUCAGUGAAAAUGGUCGAUAUUUAGCCUUCAGUACAGAUGGAGGAUCCGCUGGUGUUGUCGAAUUCUCCACUCAGGCGGUUACUCGCAUGAAGACCCGUCACAGCAGCAUCUGCGGUGCCGUCAAAUUCAUCCCGGAUCGCCCCAGUGAACUCGUCAGCGCUGGUUACGACUCGGCAUUGCUGCACCACGACUUCCCGCAAGGAACGCUGUUAUCGCGUUUUGACAUAACUUCCGCGCCACCUUCGUCGGGGGUGUCUCUGUCCCCUCCAUUUGUCCUCUCUACAGCCGUCAGUUCGACGGGUCUCGUUGCAGCGUCCACCGCUGACGGCCGCGUCUGGAUCGGAGCCGGCGGUGAGAAGCGCCCCUCACCUGUAUCCGGUGCCAAACAGAAGCGGUCCCGGAAAUGGGACGGACUGCAGGAAAACGAGGGUCUGUGGCUACAAGUAGCCGAAGGUCCAGUUGUUGCAGUGGUUUUUCGCGGCACGGAAACUUUGAUCACUUGCACGCUCCUGGGCAAGCUUGCCCGAUACACGAUCUCGCAUAACGCUGAAGGCGCUCUACAAGCGGAGCCAAACUGGACUGGAGAGACAAACCAUCUAGCAAAAGUGAAUGCGGUUGCUCUCAAUGAUCCAUUCUUGUGCGUUGCUGGACUGGAUAGCGCCGGAAAAGGUAUCAUCGAGGUGUGGGGUUUGGAUGAGUGA